GCGACAGAGUCAGACUCCAUCUCAAAAAAAAAAAAAAAAGUGGUUUGUUAUUUUGUUAGCAAAUGAGCCCUGGAUGCUUGAAAGCAAGUGAAAGAUGUUCAGAAUCUAAUCAAAUUAUAUCAUUUGAUGCUUUAAUUAGAGCCUAUUCUCUCUUCUUCUCUGUCUAUAUAUGUAUGUAUAUAGAUUACUAUCCAUCACUGUUUUAAUGGAUAUCUUAUUGGAAGGGCUACAUAGUCACUGUUUAAAAAUAUAUGAACUCCGCAUGUUCAAAAUAUAUGAACUCCGCAUAUGAACUUUGGCAUAACACCUAUGCAAAAACAUUUCAGCACUCAGGUAAAGUUCAUUUUUAGCCAUAAAAUUACUUAAAAACAGGGCAGAACUUUAUAUAGAUAGCUCUUAUUACUAUCCCAGUAGCUGGGAUAAUGAAACAAAAAGAUGCAGCAGGACUCCAUUUCAAAGGGAUAGAGUCUGUGUAUCCAACUUCAGAGUAAGAAACCACGAGGUAAUAGUUUAUAUAGUUACUUACAUGUAAUGUGGCUUUAUUUUUUUAUAAAGAUCCGCAUGUAAUUGUUUAUAUCUGUGAAUUCAUAUUUAAUAUUAAACACAGUUUUGUAAACAUGUAAGAUGGAAAAUGAAAUGCUCUAUCAAUGAACUGUAUGCCAUGAGGAUUCAAAACAGCACUUUCGUGUUGCCAAAAUUCCAGUGUGGACUUGUGAAGGAAUUCCCUUUGGACUAGGUCCACUGUAGAUUGUAUCUGGGACUAUUGUUAGUGCCUAAAUUGCAUGGCUUCCCACAGCGCUAUAUACGUCCCUUAAAAUUGGCCCAUUGCCAGUGGCAAAUCGCUGUCUACUGUGAUCCUUAUCGUAGACAUUGGUCAUAUUUUUACGUUAUUAGUUUUCUGGGUGUAUUUUAGUGCUAUAGCCUGCCAUUCCAAAUUAAACAUGCUCUUAGCAUAUCAUUUUACACCGUUGAUCUAUAAUUCAUUACCUGAGCACAUGAGCAGAGGCAGUGAAUUAUACAGUGGUAAACUACUUGGUGAAACCAUGCUUUGUAUUUUUAAGAUGUAUAAUUAUAUUUAAAAACAAGCAAUGCUUAAUUUUGUGCCUGAUUUUCCUCUUUAAAAAUGGAUUUAUCUGGGGGUUGCAGUUGAUGACAUUUUGAUUUUAAUAUGUUUGCUGCUGCUACCAAGAGCUUUGUCAAGCAAGUUGGAGAUGGAGGGAGAUUAGUUCCUGUUCCAAGCCUCAGUGAAGCUGACAAAUAUCAACCUCUAAGUCUGGUGGUAAAAAAGAAGCGAUGCUUUCUGUUUCCUAGAUAUAAAUUUACUUCAACACCUUUUACACUGAAAGAUAUUCUCCUAGGAGACAGAGAAAUUUCAGCUGGUAAGUUUCAAUGUUUGGGAGUGCCAACUCAUUCAUCUGUAUUAUUGGUAACCUAAACAUAGGUCAUAUAUGCUGCUUACAUUAGUAAAACACAUUUUCAAUGAUUAAAGCAACUUUUAUUAUGAUGGUAGUAUAAUAAUGUUAUUAAGAUUAACAAUGCCAAAAGUUUGUAUAAUAUCAAAUCUCUUAUUGGUCAAAUAAUUUUCAAAUCUAUCAAUUAUUUUAUAAAUUGUUUUAUUCAGAUCAACUUAGACUAUGACAUAUUUCUUCAUCUAUAAAAUGGGGUAUUAUUUGGGCUUACCUAUCUUAUAUGGUCGAAUGAGAUGAAAGUAAUUUGUAUUUAUUUUUUAUAAUGCAAUUAUUACAAUUGGUAAACUGAAAUGUAUUUGAAGGGUAGGUUAUUUAAUAAGCUGAUAUUUUAAUGAGUUACUGCUUAUAAACGCUUAUUUUUUCUUUGAAUUGCCCAGUGGAUCUUGAUGCUUAAGAAGUUCUGUUGGCUGAAUAGAAAAUUUGAGUUCCUUUUAAGAAUUCUGGCUAUGUGUUUCUUUUUGUUGUAAGAUUAAUUGAAUUACUACUUUAAAUCUUGGUAUUUCAUCUUAUCAAUUACUGAAUUAUGAAGAUGAAUCCGAUGUUUCACUCUAUGGAAGGCGAGGUAACCAUAUUGUGAAUGACGUUGGGAUUAAUGUUGCUGGAUCAGAUUCCAUUGCAGUGAAAGCUUCGUUUGGUGUAGUAACCAAACAUGAAGUGGAAGUAUCAACACUACUCAAAGAAAUUACUACGCGAAAAAUUAACUUUGACCACAGCUUGAUACGUCAGUCAAGGAGCAGCAGAAAGGCAGUAUUGUGUGUGGUCAUGGAGAGCAUCCGAACCACACGACAGUGUUCACUGUCUGUGCAUGCUGGAAUUCGAGGGGAAGCAAUGCGGUUUCACUUUAUGGAUGAACAGAAUCCCAAGGGAAGGGACAAAGCUAUUGUUUUCCCAGCACAUACAACCAUAGCUUUCAGUGUUUUUGAACUCUUCAUAUACCUGGAUGGUGCCUUUGACCUUUGUGUCACUUCAGUGUCAAAAGGAGGAUUUGAAAGGGAAGAAAUGGCAACAUUUGCACUGCUGUACAGGUUGAGAAAUAUCCUAUUUGAAAGAAAUAGAAGAGUGAUGGAUGUAAUUUCUCGUUCACAGCUUUACUUGGAUGAUCUUUUUUCUGACUACUAUGACAAACCUCUCAGCAUGACUGAUAUUUCACUCAAAGAAGGGACCCAUAUUCGAGUUAACUUACUUAAUCACAACAUUCCCAAAGGGCCGUGCAUACUCUGUGGAAUGGGGAACUUCAAAAGGGAGACAGUUUAUGGGUGCUUUCAGUGUUCUGUUGAUGGUCAGAAGUAUGUGAGACUUCAUGCAGUUCCUUGUUUUGAUAUUUGGCACAAGAGGAUGAAAUAAAAUGAAAAAUGAAUAUACCAUGUUGGUGUUGUAGGUGCAGUUGUGCCACAAACCUUCCCUAAAUUAUCUAGGUUUGCUUUGAUGAGUUAAAUUAAAAUGAGAAAAA